CACCCCAUCCACCCUUGCCACCAGCUGCUCUACACCCUCCCACUCACUCUCAGGGCCCCUGAGGCCCCCAGGGAGUCACCACCACACACCACUGUCUAUAUCUGGGGGAAGGUCUGGGUUGUUGGAAACUUUAAUCAAGCAAGGACCGUUAACAGCUGCAGAGGCACCUUAGGAAACAGUGAGCCUCAAGAAGGAAAUACUUGUAGGAUCUCUUGUGAUGACCUUUGAAGACUUUUCUGAAAAUGACCCGUCAUUCCCUGCCAUGGAAAAUAACAGUGAUCGCAGGCAGCCUUCAGCCCACAGAAGGCUUCCUCCUCCAGGCAGGCUCUGACAUAGCUGCUCACCUCACAGAUGCCCUAACAGACUGCAAAGUCCUGGGAACAUGCGUGUCCAUGCACGCACAUGCACACAUGUGCCUCUCUACAGGUACAUUUUUGAAGUGACAGCUUUGCCUCAGUGGCCACUUCCUCUAGGGGUGGCUGGGCGGAGCUAUUGGCAGAGCUCUAGGUGUGUGUCCUGCCACACACCACCAAUCAUCCAAGCUGUUGGCAUGCGGUGAGGACCUUUUUCCCCUUCCUUUUUCCUCCCCACAGCUGUAGGAGAGGGGGUUUCUGCGGGGCGGAUGUCACUUUACUAGGGGCUGGUUCUUCCCACCCCCACACUACAUCUUGUUCCAGCUCCUUCCUAUCCUGGAUGUAGGCCAUUUUGGGGUUCCUAUUAGGGGUCACAUCCUGGUAAAAGAACAUUAGGGAGCGCCUUUGGGCACCCCUGCUCAGCUGCCCCCUUCUCCCCCAACUGGUUCCCUGUCUCUUCCAUCAGCCAGGCCCCCAACACCUAUGAAGGCCUGGCAGUCCCUGGGUCCUCCACCACAAAUGCCCCCUUUUUCCUUGGGGCUGUGUGUGAAGGGACAGCUUUGGGACUUUAUUUAAAGGAAGAACUUUGCUGUGAAAAUAAGAGAAAAACCAAAACCAAACCAAGAAAAUGUCAAAACCUCUGCUGGUCCAGAAUCUGUGCUUGGCCUCUGGCUCUGCUCCUGCCUUGCCUCUGCCUAGGAAGCUGCAGUCCUUCUUAAGCCCUCUGCAACUCCCGUGCUCACCUGCUCCCUGGCUCCCCAUGAGGAUGCAUGGGGGGCAGUGCUGCCGCAUGCCUUUCCAGAGGUGCUGCAGCCAUGGCUGUUCCUUACCUUCACCCCUGGCCCGGACCUGUUCCUGAACGCCCAGUUACUGGAAACCCCAGGAUGAUGAGGAGUGAGGGAUGCAAACCAGGAACCCCCAGUCUCAUGGGGAGAAUGGAGCCUCACCCUGGAGCUGGGGAGAUCAUCUGAGUCAGUGCAGCUGCAGCUACACAUCAUAAGCCCCAGGGGACAAGGCAGCCAGGAGGAGGGCGGGGCAGAUCAGAGCAGAUAACCAGGAGGACCGAGUUUGGGGUCCAGUAUGGCCCACAUGGGUCUAAGAUGCAUGGAGAGGAAGCACGGGGAGGACAUGGGGCAGACCCAGUCCCUACCCCUGUGCUCUGGACCUCAGCGUCCCCUCCGUGGCCCCUCUGGCCCUGGCCCAGGGAUGCCUUCUGCUUCAUUGAGCCCAUCUGUUUGAGACUUGCUAACACCUUCCUCUUUUGUGACUGGAAGUCACAGGGCCAGGUGAUAAACCGUGCAGUCACAGAGGGAACACAGAGCCUAGUUGUAAAGGGACAGAGAAAAGAGGAGCAAGGGAGGACGGUGGAUGACAGGGAAGACGAGUUGGGGCAGAGCUGCUCGGGACCAUGGCUGAGGCCAUCACCUAUGCAGAUCUGAGGUUUGUGAAGGCACCCCUGAAGAAGAGCAUCUCCAGCCGGUUAGGACAGGACCCAGGGGCUGAUGACGAUGGGGAACUCACCUAUGAGAAUGUUCAAGUGCCCCCAGUCCCAGGGGGACCCUCAAGCUUGGCUUCUUCUGGACUAGGCGACAAAGCAGCGGUCAAGUCGGAGCAGUCAACUGCGUCCUGGAGCGCCGUGACGUCACUAGCCGUCGGGCGGAUUCUCCCCUGCCGCACAGCCUGCCUGCGAUACUUCCUGCUCGGCCUGCUGCUCACCUGCCUGCUGUUAGGAGUAGCCGUCAUCUGCCUGGGAGUGCGCUAUCUGCAGGUGUCUCAGCAGCUCCAGCAGAUGAAUAGGGUUCUGGAAGCUACUAACAGCAGCCUGAGGCAGCAGCUCCACCUGAAGAUAAGGCAGCUGGGACAGAGCGCAGAGGAUCUGCAGGGGUCCAGGAGAGAGCUGGCGCAGAGUCAGGAAGCACUAGAGGUGGAACAGAGGGCUCAUCAGGCGGCCGAAGGGCAGCUACAGGCCUGCCAGACAGACAGCGAGAAGACGAAGGAGACCUUGCAAAGUGAGGAGCAACAGAGGAGGGCCUUGGAGCAGAAGCUGAGCAACAUGGAGAACAGACUGAAGCCCUUCUUCACAUGCCGCUCAUCAGACACCUGCUGUCCGACGGGAUGGACAAUGCAUCAGAAAAGCUGCUUUUACAUCUCACCUACUUCGAAAACUUGGCAGGAGAGCCAAAAACAUUGUGAAUCUCUGUCUUCCAAGCUGGCCACAUUCAGUGAAAUUUAUCAACAAUCAUAUUACUUCAUCUUAAAUUCGCUGUUGCCAAAUGUUGAUUCAGGGAUUUCAUACUGGACUGACCUCAGCUCUAACAAGGAUGAGAAGUUUACUGAUGAUACACAAUACAUUAGGGUUUAUGUUCGAAGUUCAAAAUGUACCAAGGUACAAAAAGGUUGGUCACGGUAUUGGACAACGGAGAAAGAGGCAUGUGGAAGUCCUCUUCCCUUCAUCUGUGAGAUGACAGCUUUCAGAUUUCCAGAUUAGGACAACCCUUUACACUGAACUGACACUCAUGCCAACAAGAAACUGUGCCCCUCCUUCCUAACCUGAGGCCUGCGGGUCCUCAGACCACGUCCUCCCUGUGUUCCCUCAUUCUGGGCAGUGUCCAGCCACCAGCUGAUCCACACCUGACACUUCCAGCCAGCCUGCUGCCUGCUCCCUCUUCCUGAAACUGGACUGUUCUUGGAAAAAGGGUGAAGCCACCUCUAGAAGGGACUUUGGCCUCCCUGCAAGAACUUCCCAUGGUAGAAUGGGGCGGGGGAGGAGGGCGCACGGGUUGAGUGGAUAGGGGCGGCCCGGAGCCAGCCAGGCAGUUUUAUUGAAAUCUUUUUAAAUAA